AGGGCGUCACGGAUUUCAGUCACACACGUGUGGCUGUCGGUAAACAGACGAAACUGAAGUGACUCGGAUAUUGGCCUAUAUCUUCUCCUUUAAUCAUUGAAACAUUGAAUCAAUAAAUCAAUUACUUGAUUAUUCAAGUCCGCAGCUGUUAUUCCUAUAUGUAAAGAAUAUACGUCCUGCGUCUCACCGGUCCCAACAUGUCUCAGUUUACGUACAGCCACCGGGAUCUCCUCACUGACAUCCACCGGGCAGAACACCCCGACCCUCACACAGAGCCGUCCCCGUUCGAUACACUCCUCUCCUCCGGCUGGCGGGAAAGGAUGGGCCGGGGAGGAGUCUUCCGCUACCGCCUCGGUGCUCUGCAGACCCGGGUCUUACUGGGACCCCUGUCCCUGGUCGCCCAGCUGAACGUCCAGCGAGGCGUCGAGAGGAGGAAACCGCAGGAGAUCCAGAGCAUCAAGCAGCCGUACAAUGCCCAUCAGUUCAACUUCAACAAGAUCAGUCCAGAAGAAGUGCUGUUUGAGAUGAGCAGGGUUACUGAACAGAGUCUUCGCCCUCCAGGGGGAGAUCGACCUGAGCUCCAGAAAGUGGUGGUGCUGGUCAAUGUCAGUCCCUUGGAGUUUGGACAUUGUCUGUUUGUCCCAGAGCCGUCACGCUGUUUGCCACAGGUCCUGACGCUGUCCGCCAUCCAGACCGGGAUAGAAUCGGUUCUGCUGAGCUCUGAUCCGGGCUUCAGGGUCGGGUUCAACAGCCUGGGAGCGUUUGCUUCGGUGAACCAUUUACACCUGCAUUGCUAUUACCUAAAACAAGAGCUGCUGCUGGAGACCGUGCCGGUUGAGCCUUUGGUUCCUGAAAAGGGCUUUUACCGGUUGACACACCUGCCCAGAGGUUUUCUGUUUUACGCAGAACCCAAUGACCUCGAUCAAAUCGCCCGUGUCGUUUUCCAAGUCACAGAAGCCCUUGUAAACGGAGAUGUUGCCCACAACCUGUUCCUGACCAGAGGAUGCCCCCCCAGUGAGGGCCAGCAGGAGGAGGCUCAGCAGGGGUCCAGGAGAGGAGUGCGCAUUGCUCUAUGGCCCAGGAGGUCCAGCUUCGGGGCGAAAGAGGAAACCGCUUUUAAUGUGGCUCUGUGUGAACUGGCUGGACACCUGCCGUUUAAAGUCCAGCAAGACUAUGAGUGUUUGACUGAAAAGGACGUCAAAGAUAUCAUUCAAAGGUAUCUUCUGCCUGAUCAGGACUUUACCCGUUUGGAGAGGCAGCUGGUUGCCGAUAUGAUUGAUUUGUGAAAUGCAAAAUAAAGCCUUGAAUUUAUGAGUUUAAUUUAAUUUCGUGAUUUAGUUAGAGAUUAAUUAUAAUCAUACGUACUUUAUUCCUUUCAGAAAACAGGUUAAGGCUAAAGGUAUAUACCUAUACACAAACAUAAUUGAUUGAAUUUGUCCAUACACAACUUUGCCUUGUUUGGACCCGCAAAUAACAUUUUGAAGAUCAACAUUUUAUUAUUUAUAAUAUGAUCAUUAUCUUUUUAUCAUUAUCAGGUUGUGGUGAAAUGUGGCCUUUGGGUUAUUUAACAAGCGUGUAUAGUAGGCCUACACCACUCUUACCACUGAGUGUGAAUGAAUCUGCUAUUGCACAAUUUAUGCUGCGAGCCAAAUACAUUCAGCUAUUGUAUAUUUGGGAUUUAGGUUGUACUUGUGCAUGUUGAUCUAUUUCCUGAUGCUCUUUUAUGGGCAACAAGUUGGAUUCUGUUGACUUACUCUCAUUCCCACAUGCCAAACUAGUUUAAUCCUUUCCCUGUAUCCUUAGGUUCCAGAAUCAAACAGCAUAUUUGAGGAGUGAAAUAGGAUGGAAAUACUUGAUAGACAAUGAGUAAAUAUCCUGUAAUUAAGACGAAAGUUGUGUGUUAGUUGUGCUAAAGGUACGCUUUACAUGUGUGAUUGCUUCAUGAGAAUAUGUAACUUGUAUAACAAACUGUAAAAUGUUAAACGACUAAUAAAUUAUGUAAUAAUGA